AUGCGCCAACUGCAACCACAGUUUCCUUUCCGCGUCUUCCAUCUACUUGCCACACUUUCGCUUCCCAGUCCACCCCCACCCCGGCACCCCGCCCCCCAGUACGAAACCAUGGCGUUCGCCCAAACCCUCCUCAAGAAGAUGCUCUCCGAUUCACUAACGGAGAAGCACUAUGAUGUCUAUUUUCAUGUCCAGCAAACCUUGCACGAUGGCACCCUCUCCGAAACCCGUCUCGGCGCCCACCGCGUCGUCCUCUCUGCCGUGUCUGACAUGUUCGAGCAGCAACUCACCAAGUCUGACCCUUCGCGCGGCGUUGCAAACGAGAUCAUCAUCCGCAACUGCUCUGCUGCUGCAGUGCGUGAGUCCCUGGAGAUCAUGUACGGCGGUGAGUUGCGCGACGCAAAGACAUCGGUUCUUCUCGCACUCGAGAUCUGGCAUUUCGGCGUCCUGUUUCACGUCGACCACCUUAUCCAGCUCGCCCGCGCUUCUUGCCUUGAAAAUUUAUCUACAGAUAACUGCCUACGCAUUCUUGAUUUUGCGGUCCAUGUCGAGGACGUCGAAAUCGUUGACAAACUUCAAAACUACGCUUCCGAGAAUGCCAACUUUUCCCAUGUCAUUACCUCACCAGAUUUUGAGCGUCUCGAUUUUAAGGUCGUCUCUUCGCUCGUUCGCCCUGGCAAGGGCGAAUGUGCAUGGCCAGAGAUUUUAACUUUUGAGAAAGUGUGGUUUGAUGCUUUAGUCAAGUGGCUUACUUCCCGAAUUUCCUAUCAACCUUACAAAGAUCCACCAGCGAAAGAACAACCUCUCAAUGGAGCACAACCUCAAACUCCUUCCAUUGUCAGAUAUCCCACCCAGGAAAGUAUCGUUCUAGUACAAAAAAUCCUUGCACUUAUUGACUUCACACGAAUGAAGACUCACGAACUGCGAGACGUCUCCAAGAACGAGAUCGCAGUCAUGAGUCCAGCAUUCGCGGGAGAUCUUGUGACUGUCUUACUCACGAGGGCAGAACAGUUGGAAGGCACUAUUCUAGAGCGAAACAUCGAUCUUGACGUGCUCGGUCAAAAAUACCAACAAGCCUUAUGCGAACAUGAUGAGGCCGAAAGAAAAGCCAGAGCGGCUAUAGAGAAAACAGACAAGCUGCAAGCCGCAAAGCAGCUCAUUGAAAAACGAUAUGAAGAGCUGCGUCGAAGAAGACCCCCAACUAGCAGUAAUGGCCCUUCCAUGAACAGUGCAAGGCGGAAAUCAAGAGAGUUCGCCUUCUUCGGUUCUCAUCACGGUGGGUCUCGGACAGGUCCGCACCAACUUUCUAGAAGUCGGAGCUUGAUUGGUAUGUGUUGUGCAAAGUAA